CGCGAUCUUGAAGGGACGCGCCAACCGCCUGUCCAGUGGUGCGCAGAGAACGAUGGUCGACGACUUGCAGUCAUCGGAAGAGCUAGCCUUUGUGGCUGAAGAAGUCGACCGCAUCAUCCUUCAGUCGGUCGAGCACUUUCUUAAGGAUCGGUCGUACGAAGAGACCGAGGUAUCGCACUGGGUCGACUCAAUCUGCGACGGCAUCAUGAAAGGCCUCUGCGAACUGCGCAAGCCGCUCAAGUACAUUGUGAGCUGCGUCAUCAUGCAAAAGAACGGCGCGGGCGUCCACUCGGCCGUGUCUUGCCAUUGGGACACGGCCAUCGACGGUGCACAUGUGGUCAAAUGGCCAAGCGACAAGCACAAGGAGCACAACCGCACCAUGUACUGCAUCGUGACCGUCGGCGGACUCGGGUUCUAGGCGUAAACGACGCAUAUUCAACAGUAGUACAUUGACCGAUCGUGUUGAGUCUCAAGGAUCACACAGCAACAGAGACACCCGUUCAGGCUUAGUACAUGGCAUUUGCUCCAAAUGAAGAAACCACGCAAUUA